AGUUCCAAUCAGAAAUGGAGACCCCAAAUCAAACCAUCCAAACCAAAGCUUCUCUUCUCCUUCGUCACUUCACCAUUGUUGAGCCCUAAAUCUCAAUCCCUUCUUCCAUUGUUGAGCAAAGGAUUACGAACAUGAGAAAAAGAGGUCGUCUUCUUGAGGCGAUGAAAAGGCCUAAAAGAACACCACCACCACUACCACUACCACUACCAGUACCACCACAAUCACCACAACCGCGACCACCACGACCACCACAACCACAACCACCACCACCGUCAUCAUUGGUGGGUGUUGAUGAAAACGACAGAAUUUCGAGACUUCCUGAUGCAGUAAUUCAUCAUAUUAUGUCUUUUCUCCCAACUGAAGAUGUGGUUCGUACAUGUAUUCUUUCAAAGCGUUGGAAAUUCAUCUGGUAUUCAGUUCCCACACUCUCUUUCGUUUUUUCCGAUUUUAAUAGUGGUGAUGUUGAUAAGUUUUAUAAUUAUCUCCAUAAAUAUUUGAAGAACCGCAAGAGAGGCGUGUAUUUUUUCGCUGAUUCAGUCAUGACUAGUUUUAAGCUUGAUGUGAUUGAUCAUUAUCAAAGUAGUAAGGUCGAUCUCGUGGAUAAAUGGUUAGGUUUUGCUGUUGAGAAUAAGGUCAACGAAAUAAGUCUUGCUGUGAUUGGAAUGUGUGAUGAUGGCAGCUAUGAUUUUUACUGUGUACCUAAAAUGUUAGACAAUGCAAGAUAUUUGACUGUUUUGGAGUUGAAUGGGGUAAAGUUGGAUACUUCUCAUUCAUAUAGUUUUCCAUGUUUGAAAACUUUGACAUUGAAAGAUGUUUCAUAUUCAGAUAAUUCAGUAAAGGACUCGAAGGAUGUGGUAGUUAAAUUUUUGUUGGGUUGCCUUUCAAUUGAGAAAUUGCGGUUAAUUGAUCAUAGAUUCGGUUUUCUUCGUGUUCGCUUGGAGAGUUUGAGCCUCAAGUUCAUGGAACUUGUUUAUGAAUCAUUUGAGGAUGAUUUGACUCAUAUUCAUGUUGAUGCCAUAAAUCUUGAAUCUUUGGUACUAUGUGGAGUUUCCUUUGACCAAAUUAUUGUCUCUUCUUGCAAGAAAAUUAGAAAUUUGUCAUUAACUAAAUUUUACGGUAGCAUCCAUCAACCGUCGUCAUUUGAAGCUCUCAUUUCGAAUUUUCCUCUAAUUGAGAAUUUGACUUUGAGCUACUGCAAUACACUGAAGUCUGAGGACUUUAAAAUCUCGAGCCAACACUUGAAAUGUUUCCAUUUUGAGAAUUUUGAUUACUUGUAUGAUGGUGGUGAGAUGAAGGUUGUUACAAUUGAAUCUGCUCCAAAAUUAGCAUACAUUUGUUAUGAAGGAGAUCUUAAUUUUAGAAUAUCAAUGAAGUCAUCUAGUCCAUUAAAUGGGAAGAUUAUAAUUCGCGAGACACAGAUAGAUUAUGACGCAGAAUGGUUUGUCAAUAUGCUGAUUUUUCUUGUGAAUCUCAGUUGCUCAUGGAAUACUGUAACAUUGCAUGUCAGCACAUACAAGGCUCUCAUCUGUCCUGAAAAUUUGAAGAGUCUAUGUAGUCUCAUCUGGCCAGAAAACUUGAAGAAUUUAUGUAGUCGUGAUCCUUUGCUUAAAUGGAAGCAUCUCAGAGUUAUUACUAAUGAGCUCGGGAAAGAGUCAGACUUGAAGGAUGCCUUGAUGGUGAUUGCACCUUGUUUAGAAACAUUGUCUAUUAAUAAAAAGGUCAUAUUUUAGUUUCUUUACAAUACUGCAUAUGCUGAUUAUGAAUAUGGAUAUGACUCUCUUUCGUUACUUUAGUCUGUUUUGAGAUUGUUAUCAUGAUUAGUAGCUUUAUUAAUGAAUUUUACUACUUUACACAA